UUGGAAGAGCUCUCUCUCUACAAGCUUCUUUCUUUCUCUCUCUUCUGAGGAACUUACUUGCUCGGAAAAAUGGCGGCGGGCGCGGAAGAGACCCCAAGGCAACAGGAGGAAUGGGACGAGGAGGACGACGAACACGGUUCCAAGGAGAAGGUUCUCGAGAAGUACUUCCUUCAAGAGUGGGUGCUCGUCAAGUCCCUUUUAAACGACAUCGUUUCUCACGGUCGCGUCUCCGAUCCCUCCAUUCCCCAUAAGAUCCGAUCCAUUAUGGACAAGUAUCAAGAACAGGGUCAACUUCUAGAGCCUUACUUGGAGAGCAUAGUUUCUCCACUGAUGUUCAUUGUCCGUUCCAAAACGAUCGAACUAGGCGUAGCUUCUGAUGAAAUUCUUGAAGUAAUCAAGCCAAUAUGCAUCAUCAUUUACUCUCUGGUCAUGGUUUGUGGGUACAAAGCCGUGAUCAGGUUUUUUCCCCAUCAAGUUCCGGACUUGGAGCUCGCGGUCUCCCUCUUGGAGAAGUGUCAUUCCACAAAUUCUGAGACGUCUCUGAGGCAGGAAAGUACGGGAGAGAUGGAGGCUAAAUGUGUGAUCCUUUUGUGGCUUUCUAUACUUGUAUUGGUUCCAUUUGAUAUCUCCACAGUUGAUACUAGCAUUGCAAGCAACACUGGUCUUGGUGAACACGAACCGGCUCCUUUGGUUUUGAAGAUAAUCGGGUUUUCAAAGGAUUAUCUGUCAAGUGCGGGCCCUAUGCGACCUAUAGCUGCUUUGCUUCUUUCAAAGCUUCUGACACGUCCAGAUAUGCCAAAGGCCUUUUCAAGCUUUGUUGAUUGGACACAUGAAAUUCUAUCUUCUGUAACAGAAGAUGCCACGAAUCACUUCCAGUUUCUCGGGGCUGUUGACGCACUUGUGGCAAUUUUCAAGGGUGGCGGACGGAAACUCUUGGUUGAUGUGGUUCCUAAAGUUUGGGACGACACCUCAUUGUUGACCAAGUCAAGUAAUGCAGCUCUGAGUCCUUUGCUUCGCAAAUAUCUGAUGAAGUUAACUCAGCGGAUCGGGUUCACUUGCCUCCCUCAUCGUUUGCCUUCAUGGCGUUAUGUGAGCAAAACCAGCUCGCUGGGAGAAAAUGUUUCUUUACAUGCAUCCAAGGAAAUUGACAAGUGCAAUUCUUGCGUGAAUAAUGAUGGUUGCAACCCUGACAUAACAUCAAGCUCCAUGGAAGACGAAGACAUGGAUGUUCCUGAAAUUGUGGAAGAGAUCAUUGAAACGUUACUGGCUGGUUUGAGAGAUGCGCACACAGUUGUGCGUUGGUCUGCUGCAAAAGGUAUAGGCCGUAUUACUUCACGUCUUACAUCUGCCCUUUCAGAAGAGGUCUUGUCAUCUGUCUUGGAACUUUUUUCACCUGGCGAGGGUGAUGGUUCGUGGCACGGAGGUUGCUUAGCGUUGGCUGAAUUGGCACGCAGGGGAUUGCUUUUACCUGUCAGUCUCCCUAGAGUUGUACCUGUUGUUGUGAAGGCACUGCAUUAUGACAUACGAAGGGGUCCGCAUAGUGUUGGUUCCCAUGUACGUGAUGCUGCAGCAUAUGUUUGUUGGGCUUUUGGCCGGGCAUAUUAUCAUUCAGAUAUGAGGAACAUACUGGACCAGCUCGCUCCACAUCUUUUAACAGUGGCCUGCUAUGAUCGCGAGGUGAACUGUAGAAGGGCUGCAGCAGCUGCUUUCCAGGAGAACGUUGGACGACAGGGGAAUUACCCACAUGGCAUUGACAUUGUAAAUACUGCAGAUUAUUUUUCACUUUCUUCUCGAGUAAACUCCUACAUUCAUGUUGCUGUCUUUAUUGCUCAAUUUGAGGGUUAUCUUCAUCCAUUUGUGGAUAAGCUUCUACAGAACAAGAUUUGUCAUUGGGACAAAGGCUUGAGAGAGCUUGCUGCAGAGGCCCUUUCUGCUCUUGUCAAGUAUGAUCCUGCGUAUUGUGCAGACUCAGUUUUGGAAAAACUAAUUCCUUGCACUCUCUCAACCGACUUGUGCAUGCGCCAUGGGGCGACGUUGGCCAUCGGGGAACUUGUUUUAGCACUGCAUCAUUGUGGUUAUGCUCUUUCCUCUGAUAAACAGAAACGUGUUGCUGGUGUUGUUCCUGCUAUUGAGAAAGCACGCCUAUAUCGUGGAAAGGGUGGAGAGAUAAUGCGUUCAGCUGUUUCAAGAUUCAUUGAAUGUAUAUCUUUUACUUGUUUGUCAUUAACAGAAAAGAUCAAGCGAGGUUUGCUUGACACACUAAACGAGAAUUUGAGACACCCUAAUUCUCAGAUUCAGGAUGCUGCUGUUAAAGCUUUAAAACACUUUGUUUCAGCAUACCUAGUUGCUCCAGAUAUAAAAGGUCCCAAUGAUAUAACGUCCAAGUACUUGGAAUUGUUGACUGACCAAAAUGUGGCUGUAAGAAGAGGAUCGGCUUUGGCGAUAGGUGUUUUGCCAUAUGAACUUUUGGCGAGGAGGUGGAAGGAUGUGCUCAUGAAGCUCUCUAGCUGUUGCGCAAUUGAGGAGAAGCCUGAUGAUAGAGAUGCUGAAGCUCGAGUAAAUGCUGUUAAAGGACUUGUUUCUGUAUGUGAAGUAUUAACUCAAGAGAAAGAUAAUAGAAUUGACGUGAAUGGCACUGAAUUAAUACUGCUGAUCAAGAAUGAAGUGAUGGCGAGUUUAUUAGGAUCACUUGAUGACUAUUCUGUCGAUAACAGAGGUGAUGUGGGUUCUUGGGUUCGUGAGGUUGCCAUGGAUGGCCUCGAGAGAUGCACUUAUAUCCUCUGUAAAAGAGUUCCUGAGCUGAUCGACAGCGGUGUAGUUGAAAAUAAUCAGCUAUCUUCAGUUUUUGAUGAAAACCUUGCUACAAGUAUAGUUGGGGGAAUAUGCAAGCAAGCUGUAGAGAAGAUGGACAAACUAAGAGAAGCAGCUGCCAAGGUUCUCCAGAGGAUGUUGUAUUGCAAGAUGGUUUAUAUCCCAUAUAUACCUUACAGAAAAGAGCUUGAACAAAUUGUUCCUAAAGAAACAGACUUAAAAUGGGCGGUACCCACCUUUUCAUAUCCACGUUUUGUCCAAUUGCUUCAGUUCAGUUGUUAUGGCAGAUCAGUGCUAUCUGGCCUAGUUAUCUCUAUUGGUGGCCUGCAAGAGUCUUUGAGGAAGGCAUCACUCUCAGCAUUGUUGGACUAUCUUCAAGCUGGUGACGUUGAAAACCAGGAUGAACGAAAGUCCAGAGAACGAGUGCUAUCAACCGACAUGCUUUGGGUCCUCCAGCAGUACAGAAGAUGCGACAGAGUCGUCGUACCUACAUUGAAGACCAUUGAGAUUCUCUUCAGUAACAAGAUAUUUCUGAAUAUGGAGGAUCAUACUACAGUAUUUUGUGCUGGUGUAUUGGAUUCUCUGGCAGUUGAAUUAAAGGUUUCAAAGGACUUCUCUAAGUUAUACGCAGGCAUUGCAAUACUUGGAUAUAUCGCUUCCACUUUGGACAGCCAGAUAAAUACUCGGGCUUUCUCUCAUCUUCUAAGAUUCUUAGGUCAUCGAUAUCCCAAGAUAAGAAAAGCUUCCGCUGAACAAGUCUACCUCAUGCUUCUGCAAAAUGGGAAUCUUGUGGAUGAAAACAAGAUUGAGAAGGCUCUUGAGAUUAUUUCAGAAACGUGCUGGGAUGGUGAUGUGGAAGCCUCAAGGCUACAAAAGUUAGAAUUGUAUGAUAUGGUUGGUCUGGAAGUAGAGCUUCAUAGGAAGACGAGCAGCGGAUUGAAAACGACUAAGGAGAUGAAGCCAGCAGCUACGGAUGAAAAUGCAUCAUAUUCCUCAUUAGUAGAGUCCUCAGGAUUCUAGUCGCUUAAUACAAAG